GUGGGGCGGUUCUCGGCCUGUGGCGACACGCCCAGCGGGUCGGGAGAUGCGUUAGGGAAGGACCAGCGAGGUCUUGGAGCCAAAAUGGAGCCGGAAGAUUGGGACAGAGAAAUCAGUCAACCGCAUCCCGCCCCAUUUGCUGCUUUUGGAAAGGAGGUUUGUCGUUCUUCCGGAGGCAGUGGAGACCCUUUCAACCGUGCUGGGAGUGUGGAUUCGCUGGACGUCAGUGUUGGGUUUUCCCGAGGAGAUCAAUUUUCCCGGAGUGGAUUUGAUGCUGGACGGUGUUUGGGGAACAGAGGGAACUCCGGAUUUGGAAAGAGCUCUCCUUGGGAACUGAGAACUUCAGAUUAUGGAAGAGAAGACUCCAGUGAUGAAUAUAGCAGAAGAGGGAAUCAGCCCAUGACAGGUGGGCUCGGAGCAGGAAAGGGCUUUGGAAGCCGAGGUUCUUCAGGUAAUAAGUUUGAAGAAAAUGAUUGUUUUUGGAAAGAAUCUCUUGACCAGGAAGACAACCAGAGGGGUAACCCAGGGUUUUCCAGGAGAGGAGGUUUUCAAGAAGGUGAUGCGGAAAGUACAAGGUCAUCCAGAAGAGGUGGUAGAGGUGGCUUUCAAGAUGCCCCUCGAGGAUUUGGCCUAACUCAGAGUCAUGAAAGCGAACCAGAGGACUGCAUGCAAGGUUCUGGAAUGUUAGGCGUCAGAAAGACAGGGUUUGCCGAUCAACCUGCCGGUGACUUCUCUCGAGGCAGAGGUUUUGGUCGACAAGGUGGCUACCAAGGAGUCAACGAAGAAAUAAUUGCAGGUUCCGAAAAGAGUUCUUGGAAACCAGAAGCUGAAGCAGAAAGUGGUGACUCGACGACAGGUCCAAAGGUGACCUACAUACCCCCACCCCCACCAGAGGAUGAGGCAUCUAUCUUUGCACAUUACCAGACAGGUAUAAACUUUGACAAAUAUGACACGAUUCUUGUGGAAGUAUCAGGACAUGACGUCCCACCAGCAAUUCCGACUUUUGAAGAGGCCAACCUCUGUCAGACGCUCAUUAAUAAUAUUGCCAAAGCUGGAUAUUCCAAACUUACUCCAGUGCAGAAGUAUAGUAUUCCUAUCAUCCUAGCAGGAAGAGAUUUGAUGGCUUGUGCCCAGACGGGGUCUGGAAAGACUGCUGCUUUUCUUUUGCCAAUAUUGGCCCAUAUGAUGCGGGAGGGAGUGACCGCCAGUCGUUUUCGAGACCAGCAAGAACCAGAGUGCAUCAUCGUGGCUCCGACUAGAGAACUGAUUAACCAGAUCUUUCUGGAAGCGCGGAAGUUUUCUUUCGGAACUUGUGUCAGACCUGUUGUGAUAUAUGGAGGAACGCAGAUGGGCCAUUCAAUUCGCCAAAUAAUGCAAGGCUGUAAUCUCUUGUGCGCUACCCCCGGAAGGUUGAUGGACAUCAUAGGUAAAGAGAAGAUUGGUCUCAGCCACAUCAAGUACUUAGUGUUGGAUGAAGCUGAUCGUAUGCUGGAUAUGGGCUUUGGGCCAGAAAUGAAGAAGUUAAUCUCUUGCCCAGGAAUGCCAUCCAGGGAACAUCGCCAAACUCUGAUGUUUAGCGCCACUUUCCCAGAAGAAAUUCAGCGGUUGGCUGGGGAAUUUUUGAAAACCGAAUAUUUAUUUGUUGCCGUCGGACAAGUCGGUGGAGCCUGCAGUGACGUUCAGCAAAGCAUUCUCCAAAUUGGCCAAUAUUUAAAACGAGAAAACCUUAUCGAAAUACUGCGGAAUAUAGGCCAGGAGAGAACAAUGGUGUUUGUCGAAACGAAGAAAAAGGCAGAUUUUAUUGCCACCUUCCUUUGUCAAGAAAAUAUAUCAGCAACUAGUAUUCACGGCGACCGGGAGCAGCGAGAGAGAGAGCAAGCUCUUGGGGAUUUUCGCUCUGGAAAAUGCCCGGUCCUCGUGGCUACUUCAGUGGCCGCCAGAGGGUUGGAUAUCGAGAAGGUUCAACACGUUAUUAAUUUUGAUCUUCCUUCCACCAUUGAUGAAUACGUUCACCGGAUUGGGCGAACGGGACGUUGUGGGAAUAUUGGCAGAGCGACAUCUUUCUUCGAUCCCGAAUCAGAUAGCCACUUGGCACAGCCUUUGGUGAAAGUACUGUCAGAUGCAAACCAGGACGUUCCUGCCUGGCUGGAAGAAAUCGCCUUUAGCAAUUUCGUGCCCGGCUUCAACAGCACCAUGAAGGGAAGUGUCUUCGCCUCAGUCGAUUCUCGAAAGGGUCCGGGCAAAACCAACCUGAAUGCUGAGGGAUUCCCUCCUCCUCAUGCUCUAAAUCCAGUGGAUAAUGAGUCAUGGGAAUAAGGGAAAACAAGCUGCCAAAAUCCUGAUACAACUCUGAUAACAAUACAGAUAGUUUUUGGUUUGAAUUUUAACUGAAAUGCAAAGCUCAAUUGGACCCUCUCUUUUAUUCUAGGAUAGUUAAUGUUAAAGGAAAGUUAAGCAGUUGAGGUUUCAGCAUGGUAAUUACUUGUAAAAUUUACUGUUCCUGGGGUGUACUGUCUCCUUGGGAGUUUAAGCAAAUUUCACCAGUGUAUGAAGGUAUAUGGUGCCUCCAGGAAUAUAUUAAACUACUCGUACUUUGCUGCAGAGAUAAGUGACACAACUUUUUAUUGAGCCUAUUUUGUUAUUAGGAAUAAAAGAUGACUUCCUUAAGGUAAAAGUGAACAAACUUUUGUUUAAGGAUGACUUCUGCAUACCUAAGUUACACAGCAAUUUUAUUUCACAGGUGUCCAAUGGGUGUGUGUGCGUGUGUGUGUGUGUCCGGCUGCUGUACCUUGUGGUCUGACAAAUAGCUGUAACUUUUAGCUUUCCUUGUAAACAAUCUCAAUAAAAUACCAAACCUCAACUUUU